AUGUGGCUGGCCCGUCUUUCGUAUUUACUUGCCAUACUCUCUCUCGCCCAAGCUCAAAAUGCCUGCACCGGACACUCCACAUUUAGAAGUCCAGCUAACUCAGACAUCGAGGUACUCUGUGGCUCUCAGACAGUGGACCUGGAGAUCCUGCUGUGUCCCGUCUAUUUCAAUGGAUACAAUGAGUCACUGCUGGCUCUCAACUCAGAGCACUCCAAACACCAGUGUAAAGGGACUGCAGACUGGACGGCAGACCCGCCAGUUGUCAGAUUCAACUUCUCCAUCACAGAUGAGGGAAUCACUUCCUGCUCCAACAAGCUGACCGUCACUGAGGAGGUGGGGACUGGAGUGUUUUCAGACUUCUCCACCGUCCAGUACGUCAGCAUCUCAGGUAUGAUCUGCUCUAAGGAUCCUGCCACAGGAGCCAUCACCUAUCACCAAGAGGUGAUGUACGGCUUCUCCUGUCGCUACCCACUGCAGUACCUCGUCAACAACACACAGAUGAGCGUGUCUGGGGUCAGCCUGGCAGUCAGAGACAAUAAUGGAAGUUUCAUCAGCACACUGAGCAUGCAACUCUACUCGGACAAUGGCUACUCCUCCGUGAUGCGGAUCCCUCCAGGAGGCCUGGAACUAAAAACGAGGAUCUUUGUUGAAGUGAAGGCAUCCAACCUUACUAACAGAUUCAACGUGCUCCUGGACCGAUGUUAUGCUACAACGUCACCUUUCCCCGUUAACACCACAUCUUAUGAUCUCUUUGUUGGAUGUAACCGGGAUGGGCAGACAGUCAUGGGAGUCAACGGAGAACAGCAGGAAGCCCGCUUCUCCUUCGAGGCGUUCCGCUUUGUCCAUAGCACAGCGGAAGCUCUCUCCACCUACUAUGUUCACUGUGCCACCAGGCUCUGUAUGACCUCUUUCUGUCCCAAUCUCGUUCAGAACUGCACUACUGGCACCAACUCAAAGAGGCGCCGCAGGGCCGACAACAACCAGGACACCGAAGUAUCAGACACAGCCACCGUCAGCUCAGGCCCCAUCGCUAUUCGCCCAGAUAAUGGCUAUCUGAUGCCAUCUGGAGGUGCUCAUCAGUCUCAUUUGAACAGUACUGUGCUGGCUGUUUCAGUCGUAGCAGCUAUUGUUGGAGUCAUCUGCAUUAGUCUGGUAGCUUUUAUUGUUUACCACAUGCAUAACUCCAAAGUUAGUUCCUCUAAGACAAUUCUGUACCAACAACAGUGAUAGAAGGCCAAGACAGAAGAUAGACAGAAGAAGAUGAGUA